AGCAGGAACUUGAUCAUGUGACCUUCAACAUGGCGACGCCCUCGGUUCCCUCCAGGAAGGGGAGGGGCCUGGACUGGGGCAUGCUCAGAUUCAGGUUAAAGUGGGGAUUGUGCUCGCGGUUACUGACAGCUUACCAUGGAGGCGAAUGGGUUGGGACCCCAGGGUUUUCCAGAGCUGAAGAAUGACACAUUUCUGCGAGCAGCAUGGGGAGAGGAAACAGACUACACUCCUGUUUGGUGCAUGCGUCAGGCUGGCCGCUACUUACCAGAAUUUAGGGAAACCCGGGCUGCGCAGGACUUUUUCAGCACCUGUCGCUCUCCUGAGGCCUGCUGUGAACUGACUUUGCAGCCACUGCGUCGCUUCCCUCUGGAUGCUGCCAUCAUCUUCUCCGACAUCCUUGUUGUACCCCAGGCAUUGGGCAUGGAGGUGACCAUGGUACCUGGCAAAGGACCCAGCUUCCCAGAGCCAUUAAGAGAAGAACAGGAUCUAGAGCGCCUACGGGAUCCAGCAAUGGUGGCCUCUGAGUUGGAUUAUGUGUUCAAAGCCAUCACCCUUACCCGGCAACAACUGAAUGGGCGUGUGCCACUGAUUGGCUUUGCUGGUGCCCCGUGGACCCUGAUGACAUACAUGGUUGAGGGUAGUGGUUCAAACACCAUGGCUCAGGCCAAACGCUGGCUCUAUCAAAGACCUCAGGCCAGUCACCAGCUGCUUCACAUCCUCACUGAUGCUCUGGUCCCAUAUCUAGUAGGACAAGUGGCUGCUGGUGCCCAGGCAUUGCAGCUCUUUGAGUCCCAUGCAGGGCAUCUUGGUCCACAGCUCUUCACCCAGUUCGCACUGCCCUACAUCCGUGAUGUGGCCAAGCGAGUGAAGGAGGGGCUACAGGAGGCAGGCCUAGCACCAGUGCCCAUGAUCAUCUUUGCUAAGGAUGGGCAUUUUGCCUUGGAAGAGCUGGCUCAGGCUGGCUAUGAGGUGGUUGGGCUUGACUGGACAGUGGUCCCAAAGAAAGCACGGGAGCGUGUGGGGAAGAUGGUGACCUUGCAGGGCAACCUGGACCCCUGUGCCCUGUAUGCAUCUAAGGGAGGACAGAGGCUUGCUGGCCUCCCUGUAGCCCAUGCCCGGUUGGUCCCCCAGGAGGAGAUUGGGCGGCUGGUGCGACAGAUGCUGGAUGACUUUGGGACAAAAGGUUACAUCGCCAACCUGGGCCAUGGACUUUAUCCUGACAUGGACCCAGAACAUGUGGGGGCCUUUGUGGAUGCUGUGCAUAAACACUCACGUUUGCUUCAAAAGAACUGAGUGUACAUCUUUAUCUUCAAACACCACUAACAAAGAUGAUUAUUUCCAGGAGAAUAAAAUUUGCAGAAUUG